AUGUACACCCAACUUGCCCUCGCAACAUUCGGCCUCGUCGCCUCCGCCGCCGCCCUUCCAGUGGCUGGCAACGAUAAGCCAUCUGGCUCCUGGCCAGCGCAGAAUGGCGCUGAGGUCGUGUCCUACACCGCCAAGUUCGAUAACGUGGAAGCUGGCCUCGUAGGCAGCCUGCCUGUCCGUCCAGUCACCCCUCUUGGUGUAUACGACGACCUGUUCUUCAACUUGAACGUUAUCAACGUCGGCACUGGUCUUACCGGUGUCAAGCCACAGUCGGCACCCAACGUCGUCACCUACGACGCAAUCUUCCAAGCCACUGAGGGUGUUCCAUCCAUCUACGCCGACUACGAUGACUCCAUCGCCGAAUCCUUCAGACUCAAGGAGCUCUACUUCGGCUGCGUCAUCACCAACGUCGAGACCGCCGCCUCCGUCGCAAACGACUGCACCGUCACCGUCACUGGAUACCGCAACGAGGAGCAAGUCGCUUCUCAGGACAUAGUGUUCAAGACUGGUGGGCUCCUCGGUCAAGCUGUCACUGCCACCAUGGACAAGGCCGAGUUCGGCUCGGACUUUGCAAACUUAGACAAGGUUGAAUUUGCCACGGAUGGUCUGCAGCAGGCUGUUGAUGCCGUGUUGAUCGACAAUGUUUCUUACGAGGUCACGCUCAAGCAGGGCAUGUCGCAGUCGUACUAG